GCGAAGUAGUAGGUUUCUCAUUACAACGUUUAUGGAAAAAUGAAUGAAUUUCAAUAUAUUUAAACAACAGUAAGCCCGGGAACGAAUCAAAAUUGAAAACAUGAUGGACUGCGAAAAGGAGGAAGCCACCAACUUGCAAAAAGAAUUCGAAUGGGUGUUAAACCAAGAAGUGCACAAAGGCCUCGAGCAAAUCCACCAAAUUCUAGUGGAAUGUGCCAGGAGGUUUCCAGUCGCUUUAUACGGUCACGACAAUUCGGCAAAGCAGGAUAAAUUCGUUCUUUCGGUACCAGCGGACCAACUGAAAUGUGUAGUUACACUCACAGGAGACAGUAUUACUCAUGCAGACAUUAAUUUUAAAGUUGUGAGGCAAACUGCUACGACAAUGGUUCGUACGACUAUUCAAAGCGAAUACCCUUGGAAAUUGCAACAAGUUCAAGACGCCGCAAAUCAUUUACAACAAGCCAUUUAUCAUAUCGAUGACGUAGGAAAACACUAUAAAUUUAAAUCUUCAGAUGAAGUGUUGCAUGUGCUAGGCAACAUUUUGGGUAGCUUACAAAGGGGUCGAACUAGUCUCAUUGUACCUAGAAAGAAGACAAUCUAUGAUCUACUUAAAAGUCGCAAUAUGAAAUCCCUUUCGCCUCCGCUGGCCGAGGAUCUAGCAAUAAGUUUUUACAUUCAGAGCCACAAAUUGGUGUUUGUGAUGUACCAUUUGAUGAAUAACCAAGGCGUGAUGAUAACGGAUCCAACGCCUGCAGAAUGUUCUGUGCCCUGGCUGAACGAAGUAUUAGUACUAUUUACAGUUGGAUUGCAGCUAUGCCAACAACUAAAAGAUAAGAUUUGUGUUUUUUCACAAUACAAGGAUUUUACUGUAGGUUCGAGAUCCUCUAGUCCUGUUCAGUGAUAGUUUUCAUUCGAAUAAAUGAGGCAGUUCAUUUGCACACAGUACCAUACAAGGUGUUCCACGACGAGUGGGAUAUGAAAUAUGUUCCAUUUCAAAUAACAAAGUUGAUGCCUACCUUAAAAUAUAUUUAAGAGGUGCAUAAAGUAUACCAAAUUUUACUUAAAUCGAAUAAGUAGUUUUUUAAAUACAGAUAGUUUUAACUCGUCGUGGGACACCCUGUAUUAUUAUAAUAAAUUAAUAAUUGAUAUAGUCAAUUUUAUCGUGUUUGACAGAUGUAUUAUAUAUUGUAAGUGUUAUUAAAUGUAUAUUUUAGGGAAGAUCGG